ACCAGUGUUUUGUCAGGGAACCACAUCCAAAGCCAUGAGGACUAGUUGCGCUGGUAGUAAAAGGAACCUGCUCAGAGUUAUAGUAUUUUUGUUAAAUCCUUGUUUUCAGAAAAGCAAUAAGUGCCCAUCUGGUGAGACAAUAAUUCAUUAAGUGAAAAAAGGAAGCAGAAGGCUUGGGAACAUCAAUCUCUUCUUUUUUGCCUCAUGUGUUUGAGUUACUGUGAAAUGACAGUGACCAAAAUCUGGAUUCUGGAUUGUGCAGAGUGGAGGAAAAUCUGAGGAACAUUCUGGGCGUGUUUUAAUGGCGGCUUCCCAGAAAGGAUGAUAUUCUGCAGGUGUGAUGUCAAUGAACUGGUGUGUUCUUAAGAGUGGUCUUCAGAAUUGGUAGGAGACGGAGUGGGGAGGGGAAGGGGGUGAAGACUCUGUACACGAGGAAGGAGGUAGAAUCAUGCAGGAAACUUCUCGUUCUUCCUGAGUUGGCUGGGGCACACCCUUUGGGUGGCACACCCCUCUCUGGAGUCCAGCUCAGCCCACGAACUACUGGGAGGAAAGCCAGGGCUUAAGACUUCCCUUUGAGGAGUGGAUGCAGUCCUUCCGUGUGUGCCCAGCCACCUUGUGAAGAAAAGCUGAAAUCUUGCUCUAAGAUUUGUGUGUUUGGUUAAUGACCUGGGAACAGACUGAGUUCAUGGAGCUUCAUCACAUGGUUGAAGACAACCAAGUGGCUCACCCUCAGGACCCCCACCACCCAUCAGAGAAGCCAGUCAUUCACUGCCAUAAAUGUGGGGAGCCGUGCAAGGGUGAAGUACUUCGGGUCCAGACCAAACAUUUCCACAUCAAAUGUUUCACCUGCAAAGUGUGCGGCUGUGACCUGGCACAAGGGGGCUUCUUCAUAAAGAACGGGGAGUAUCUCUGCACCCUGGACUACCAGAGGAUGUAUGGGACACGCUGCCACGGCUGUGGGGAGUUCGUGGAAGGAGAGGUAGUGACUGCCCUGGGCAAGACUUACCAUCCCAACUGCUUUGCCUGUACCAUCUGCAAGCGCCCGUUUCCACCCGGAGACCGAGUCACAUUCAAUGGAAGAGACUGCCUUUGCCAACUGUGCGCGCAGCCGAUGUCGUCCAGCCCUAAAGAAGCCACCUGCUCCAGCAGCUGUGCCGGCUGCGGAAGGGACAUCAAGAACGGGCAGGCCCUCCUGGCCCUGGACAAGCAGUGGCAUUUGGGAUGUUUCAAGUGCAAGUCCUGCGGGAAGGUCCUCACUGGGGAGUACAUCAGCAAGGAUGGCGCUCCGUACUGUGAAAAGGACUACCAGGGGCUCUUCGGGGUGAAAUGCGAAGCCUGUCACCAGUUUAUCACAGGGAAAGUCCUGGAGGCAGGUGACAAACAUUACCACCCCAGCUGUGCACGAUGCAGCAGAUGCAAUCAGAUGUUCACAGAAGGAGAGGAAAUGUAUCUUCAAGGUUCCACCGUUUGGCAUCCCGACUGUAAGCAGUCUACCAAGACUGAGGAAAAGCUGCGGCUGCCAAACACGCAUCGUUCUUCAUCCAAUUUCUUUUAUCCCAAAAGUCUGGUUCGACGCACAGGACGGUCUCCGUCUCUGCAGCCUACCAGGACUUCCUCUGAAAGCAUUUAUUCUAGACCAGGCUCCAGCAUCCCUGGUUCCCCAGGUCAUACUAUCUAUGCAAAAGUGGACAAUGAAAUCCUGGAUUAUAAGGAUUUAGCAGCCAUUCCCAAGGUCAAGGCAAUUUAUGACAUUGAACGUCCAGAUCUUAUUACCUAUGAGCCUUUUUACACUUCGGGCUAUGAUGACAAACAGGAGAGGCAGAGCCUGGGAGAGUCUCCAAGGACUUUGUCUCCUACUCCAUCAGCAGAAGGCUACCAGGACUCUCGGGACCGGGUGAUCCAUCGAUCCACCAGCCAGGGCUCCAUCAGCUCCCCCGUCUAUAGCCGCCACAGCUAUGCUCCAACCACAUCUCGCUCUCCCCAGCAUUUUCACAGACCUGGCAAUGAGCCGUCCAGCGGCCGGAACUCCCCUCUCCCUUACCGGCCAGACAGUCGUCCUCUCACUCCAACCUAUGCCCAGGCCCCUAAACAUUUCCAUGUUCCAGAUCAAGGGAUCAACAUUUACCGAAAACCACCCAUCUACAAACAGCAUGAUGCAGCUGCCUUGGCAGCCCAGAGCAAGUCUUCAGAAGAUAUCAUCAAGUUUUCCAAGUUCCCAGCAGCCCAGGCUCCAGACCCCAGCGAGAUACCAAAGAUUGAGACGGACCACUGGCCCGGUCCCCCCUCACUUGCCGCCGUAGGAGCCGACAUGAGACGCAGAUCUAGUGGCAGAGAGGAAGAUGAGGAGGAGCUUCUGAGGCGCCGGCAGCUGCAAGAAGAGCAAUUAAUGAAGCUCAACUCAGGCCUGGGGCAGUUGAUACUGAAAGAGGAGAUGGAGAAGGAGAGCCGGGAGAGGUCGUCCCUGACAGCCAGUCGCUAUGAUUCUCCCAUCAACUCAGCUUCACAUGUUCUAUCAUCUAAAACCUCAUCUCUCCCAGGCUAUGGAAAAAAUGGGCUUCAUCGGCCUGUUUCCACAGACUUCGCUCAGUAUAACAGCUACGGGGACGUCAGUGGGGGAGUGCGAGACUACCAGACUCUCCCAGAUGGCCACAUGUCUGGGACGAGAAUGGAUCGAGGGGUGUCCAUGCCCAACAUGUUGGAACCAAAGAUAUUUCCAUAUGAAAUGCUGAUGGUGACCAACAGAGGGCGCAACAAAAUCCUAAGAGAUGUGGACAGAACCAGGCUGGAGCGCCACUUAGCCCCAGAAGUGUUUCGGGAAAUCUUUGGAAUGUCCAUACAGGAAUUUGACAAGUUACCUCUUUGGAGACGCAAUGACAUGAAGAAGAAAGCAAAACUGUUCUAAGCCCGCCCCCCCCACCCCCACCCCGCUGUGUAGACAGCAGUUAGGAAAAAGACUGAUGUGGCGGCGACACAUAGGAUGUUGUGUUAAGGCCCAACUUGAUUGGAGAAUUUGCAAACUACUGUCCCUCAACAACAACAAAACGGGAAACCUGAUUAAAACACCCAUAAGCCAAAUAUUGGGCCAACCACUGGCAACACUUGCCAAGAAGUAACGGGGUCGAAACUUCUGUGUUCCCCACACUCGACAGUAGUGUUCACAUGUGACCUUUUGACAUCACCUUAUGUACACAACAGGAGCUACUUCUUUCAUUUCCUUUAUUGUCUAACCAGAGUGCUGACUGUAUGGGUGAGAGCCAGCAAGUGCCCUUAGGAUGCCUCAUGGAAAAAAGCAAUUGUAAUCAUUCCGAAGUAGGAAUAUAUUUAUUAUGUAGCACCAUGGCUAAGAAGGAAGAGCCUGAGGGACGUAUCCAUGUGGUUGCACCACUUUGCACACCCCUGUCCUCACUGGCCCCACGAAGCCCGGCCUGGGCCCCAGCAGGAUAGAAAUCAGAGUCGGGGAACUGGGCAGCUCUGAGUGAGUGGGCUGAAUAGCAGCCAAGGUCAUUUUUAACAAGCUCCUUUUCCUCUACUCUUUGCUAGGACCUGGUUGGCAAAUCACUUAGCUAUUACUAAAA